AUGCCAGAAGGGCUCAUUCUGUUUUCUACAAUGAUCUGUGAUAUUGUAGAACAAUUUACCACUGCAGAUACAGUGAUUAUGGGAAAGGCGACCUAUGGUGCUUGUUGUGUAGAUGAUUUCACAGCCAAAGCCCUGAGAGUAGAUCUGCUUAUUCAUUAUGGUCACAGUUGUCUUAUCCCUGUGGACCAAAUGUCUGAUAUCAAACUGCAGGUGAACUGCGUAAAUUGGGUUAUGAUAAGGGGGGUAAAGAUACCGCAGAGUCGACCCCUUUCACCUGGUGAAGUAUUAGGUUGUACUGCACCAACUAUAAGAGAAGUUGAUGCCUUAGUUUACCUUGGUUAUGGAAGAUUUCAUCUUCAGGCUGCCAUGAUAGCUAAUCCAAAUUUGAAGACUUUCAAAGAACAUUUAAUUAAAUUCCCGGUUUACAAUUUGCCUUACACGGGUGGUGAAGAAAUAAUCCCCGAUAUUCGGAACUUUGGGGAACUGCACCGAAGCAAACCUCUAAUGAUUCCCUUUCGGUCGUUAGCGAGUCCUUCUCCCGGAUUAGCGUCGGAUGUUUUUGCCCUGGGAGCCGUUGGCAAUCGAUAUUAA